CUUUCCCUUCCAGAACCAUGGAUCUCUCUGGGGUGAAGGUUCUGGAGACGGCGGAGGACAUCCAGGAGCGGCGCCAGCAGGUUCUGGACCGCUACCACCGCUUCAAGGAGUUGUCCACCCUGCGCCGCCAGAAGCUGGAAGAUUCCUACCGCUUUCAGUUCUUCCAGCGCGACGCCAACGAGUUGGAGAAGUGGAUCCAGGAGAAGCUCCAGGUGGCCUCGGACGAGAGCUACAAGGAUCCCACCAACCUGCAGGGCAAGCUCCAGAAACACCAAGCCUUUGAGGCCGAAGUCCAGGCCAACGCCGGCGCCAUUGUCAAACUGGAUGAGACUGGGAACCAGAUGAUGAACGAGGGGCAUUUCGCCAGCGAAACCAUCCGGACCCGGAUGCAGGAACUCCACCGCCUGUGGGAACUUCUCCUGGAAAAGACCCGGGAAAAGGGGGUCAAACUCCUCCAGGCCCAGAAACUGGUCCAGUACUUGCGGGAAUGCGAGGAUGUCAUGGACUGGAUCAAUGACAAGGAAGCCAUUGUCACCUCGGAGGAACUGGGCCAGGAUUUGGAGCAUGUGGAAGUUCUGCAGAAGAAAUUUGAGGAGUUCCAGACGGAUUUGGCGGCUCACGAGGAAAGAGUGAACGAAGUGAACCAGUUUGCCGGGAAGCUGGUCCAGGAGCAGCACCCGGAAGAGGAAGUGAUCCGCUCCAAACAGGAAGAAGUCAACGCUUCCUGGCAGCGACUGAAGGGACUGGCUCUCCAGAGGCAGGGGAAACUUUUUGGGGCGGCCGAAGUCCAGCGCUUCAACAGAGACGUCGACGAAACCAUCAGCUGGAUCAAGGAAAAGGAGCAGCUCAUGGCGUCUGACGAUUUCGGACGGGAUCUGGCCAGUGUCCAGGCUCUCCUGCGCAAACAUGAGGGGCUGGAGAGGGAUCUCGCCGCCCUGGAGGACAAGGUCAAGGCUCUGGGCGCCGAAGCCGACCGCCUUCAGGAGUCCCACCCUCCCAACGCCCCCCAGAUCCACGUCAAGCGGGAGGAGCUGGUGGCCAACUGGGAGCAGAUUCGCACCCGGGCCGCCGAGAGGCACGCCCACCUGAACGACUCCUACCGCCUGCAGCGAUUCCUGGCCGAUUUCCGCGAUCUCACCAGUUGGGUAACCGAAAUGAAGGCUUUGAUCAACGCUGACGAACUUGCUAACGAUGUCGCCGGAGCCGAAGCCCUUCUUGACCGUCAUCAGGAACACAAGGGAGAAAUUGAUGCUCACGAAGAUAGUUUCAAGUCGGCCGACGAAACGGGGCAAGCUCUCCUUACGGCUGGACAUUAUGCUUCUGCGGAAGUGAGAGAGAAGCUGACCGUCCUAUCGGAGGAGCGAGCCGCCCUCUUGGAAUUGUGGGAACUUCGGCGCCAGCAAUACGAACAAUGUAUGGAUCUCCAGCUUUUCUACCGGGACACCGAGCAAGUUGACAACUGGAUGAGCAAACAGGAGGCCUUCCUGCUGAACGAAGAUCUGGGCGAUUCUCUCGACAGCGUGGAAGCGCUGCUGAAAAAGCACGAAGAUUUUGAGAAAUCCCUCAGCGCCCAGGAAGAAAAAAUCACGGCCCUGGACGAAUUUGCCACCAAGUUGAUGCAGAACAAUCACUAUGCCAAAGAAGACGUUUCGAGCCGGAGAGACGCGCUCUUGAACCGCCGCAACGCCCUCCAUGAGAGAGCGCUCCGCCGCCGGGCGCAACUCGCCGACUCCUUCCAUCUCCAGCAAUUCUUCCGCGACUCGGACGAACUCAAGAGUUGGGUCAACGAGAAGAUGAAGACCGCCACCGACGAGGCCUACAAGGAUCCGUCCAACCUGCAGGGCAAAGUCCAGAAGCACCAGGCCUUUGAGGCGGAGCUCUCGGCCAAUCAGAGCCGGAUCGACGGCCUGGAGAAGGCGGGGCAAAAGCUGACGGACACCCAGCACUACGCCUCCGAGGAGGUGGAGGCCCGGCAGAGCGAGGUCCUCCGCCUGUGGAAGAAGCUUCUGGAAGCCACCGAGCUGAAAGGGGUCAAGCUGCGCGAAGCCAACCAGCAGCAACAAUUCAACCGCAACGUGGAGGACAUUGAGUUGUGGCUCUACGAGGUCGAAGGUCACCUGGCCUCGGACGACUACGGAAAGGACCUCACCAACGUCCAGAACCUCCAGAAGAAACACGCCCUCCUGGAGGCCGACGUGGCCGCCCACCAGGACCGGAUUGACGGCAUCGCCAUCCAGGCCCGCCAGUUCCAGGAGGCCGGCCAUUUUGACGCCGGAAACAUCCGGAAGAAGCAGGAGGCCUUGGGGGCCCGUUACGAGGCCCUGCGCGACCCCAUGGCGGCCCGGAAGCAGAAGCUGGCCGACUCGCUCCGCCUCCAGCAGCUCUUCCGGGACGUAGAAGACGAGGAGACCUGGAUCCGGGAGAAGGAGCCCAUCGCCGCCUCUACCAACCGAGGCAAGGACCUCAUUGGGGUCCAGAACCUCUUGAAGAAGCACCAGGCCUUACAGGCCGAAAUUGCCGGACACGAACCCCGAAUCAAGGCCGUCACUCAGAAGGGGAACACCAUGGUGGAAGAAGGCCACUUCGCCUCCGACGACGUCCGAGCCAAACUCUCCGACUUGCACCAGAAGUGGGAAUCUCUUAAAGGGAAAGCGUCCCAGCGGCGCCAGGAUCUAGAAGAUUCCCUGCAGGCCCAGCAAUACUUCGCCGACGCUAACGAGGCCGAAUCCUGGAUGAGGGAAAAGGAGCCCAUCGUUAGCAGCACCGAUUACGGGAAAGACGAGGAUUCGGCCGAGGCGCUCCUCAAAAAGCAUGAAGCGCUGAUGUCGGAUCUGAGCGCCUACGGCAGCAGCAUUCAAGCGCUGCGGGAGCAAGCCCAGGCCUGCCGGCAACAAGUUGCUCCCACCGACGACGAGACCGGCAAGGAACUGGUCCUCGCCCUUUACGACUACCAGGAGAAAAGUCCCCGCGAGGUGACCAUGAAGAAGGGCGAUAUCCUGACCUUACUCAACAGCACCAACAAGGAUUGGUGGAAAGUGGAAGUCAACGACCGGCAAGGCUUCGUCCCUGCCGCCUACGUCAAGAAGCUGGAUCCGGCCCAGUCGGGAUCGCGGGAGAACCUUCCAGACGAGCAGGGCGGGAUCGGGGCGCGGCAGGAGCAAAUCGACAAUCAGACUUUGCUAACCAAAGAAGCCGGUAGCGUCUCCCUGCGCAUGAAAAUGGUGGAGGAACUGUACGCCUCCCUCCUGGAGCUGGGCGAGAAGCGGAAAUCCAUGCUGGAAAAAAGCUGCAAGAAAUUCACCCUCUUCCGGGAGGCCAACGAAUUGCAGCAGUGGAUCCACGAGAAGGAGGCGGCCCUGACCAACGAGGAGGUCGGGGCGGAUCUGGAGCAGGUGGAGGUGCUGCAGAAGAAGUUUGACGACUUCCAGAAGGACCUGAAGGCCAACGAGUCGCGGCUGAAGGACAUCAACAAGGUGGCCAACGACUUGGAGUCCGAAGGGCUGAUGGCCGAGGAGGUCCAGGCUGUUCAGCAGCAGGAAGUCUAUGGGAUGUUGCCACGGGAUGAAACCGAUUCGAAAACAGCGUCUCCUUGGAAGUCCGCCAAACUUAUGCUCCACACAGUGGCGACCUUCAACUCCAUCAAGGAACUGAACGAGCGCUGGCGAUCCCUCCAGCGAUUGGCCGAAGAGCGGAGCCAGCUAUUGGGCAGCGCUCACGAGGUCCAGCGCUUCCACAGGGACGCCGACGAAACGAAAGAAUGGAUCGAGGAGAAGAACCAGGCCCUGAACACCGACAACUACGGCCACGACUUGGCCAGCGUCCAGGCCCUGCAGAGGAAGCACGAGGGGUUCGAGAGGGACCUGGCCGCCCUGGGGGACAAGGUCAACUCCCUGGGGGAGACGGCCGAGCGGCUGAUCCAGUCCCACCCGGAGUCGGCGCAGGACCUGCGGGAGAAAUGCACCGAGUUGGACCAGGCCUGGGGCAGCCUGGGGAAGCGGGCCGACCAGAGGAAGGGGAAGCUGGGAGACUCCCACGACCUCCAGCGCUUCCUGGGAGACUUCCGGGAUCUGAUGUCUUGGAUCAACGGGAUCCGCGGACUCGUCUCCUCCGACGAAUUAGCAAAGGACGUGACCGGGGCGGAGGCUUUGCUGGAGAGACACCAAGAGCACCGCACCGAAAUCGACGCCCGUUCCGGAACCUUCCAGGCCUUUGAACAAUUUGGCCAGCACCUAUUGGCCCGCGGCCAUUACGCCAGCCCGGAAAUCGAGGAGAAGUUAGGGGUCCUCGACCAGCAGAGGGCCGACCUGGAGAAAGCCUGGGUCCAGCGCCGGAUGAUGCUGGACCAGUGCCUGGAGCUGCAGCUCUUCCACCGGGACUGUGAGCAGGCGGAGAACUGGAUGGCGGCCCGGGAGGCCUUCCUCAACACGGAGGACAAAGGCGAUUCGCUGGACAGCGUGGAAGCGCUGAUCAAAAAACACGAGGAUUUCGACAAGGCGAUCAACGUCCAGGAGGAAAAAAUUGCGGCUCUGCAAUCCUUCGCCGAACAGCUGAUUUCGGCCGAUCACUACGCCAAAGGAGUCGUCGCCAAUCGCCGUAACGAAGUUUUGGACAGGUGGCGCCGCCUGAAAGCCCAGAUGAUUGAGAAGCGCUCCAAGCUGGGCGAAUCCCAGACUCUCCAGCAGUUCAGCCGCGACGUCGACGAGAUCGAGGCCUGGAUCAGCGAGAAGCUGCAGACGGCCAGCGACGAGUCCUACAAGGAUCCCACCAACAUCCAGCUUUCCAAACUCCUGAGCAAGCACCAGAAACACCAGGCCUUUGAGGCAGAGCUACAAGCCAACGCCGACCGGAUCCGGGGCGUCAUCGACGUCGGCAACUCCCUCAUCGAGCGCGGGGCCUGCGCCGGGAGCGAGGAUGCCGUCAAGGCCCGAUUGGCCGCCCUGGCCGACCAAUGGCAGUUCCUCGUUCGGAAAUCGGCCGAGAAGAGUCACCGUCUGAAGGAAGCCAAUAAGCAACAGAAUUUCAACACCGGGAUCAAGGACUUUGACUUCUGGCUUUCAGAGGUGGAAGCGCUGCUCGCCUCUGAGGAUUAUGGGAAAGAUUUGGCGUCCGUUAAUAACCUUCUUAAGAAACACCAGCUGCUGGAAGCCGAUAUUUCGGCCCACGAGGAUCGCCUGAAGGAUCUGAAUGGCCAAGCCGACAGCCUGAUGACCAGCAGCGCCUUUGACACCUCCCAGGUCAAGGAGAAGCGGGAGACGGUCAACGGGAGAUUCCAGCGGAUCACUUCCAUGGCGGCCGCCCGGCGGGCCAAGCUGAACGAAUCCCACCGGCUCCACCAGUUCUUCCGGGAUAUGGACGACGAGGAAUCCUGGAUCAAAGAGAAGAAGCUCCUCGUCAGUUCGGAGGAUUACGGCCGGGAUCUGACCGGCGUCCAAAACCUGCGGAAGAAACACAAGCGGCUGGAGGCCGAAUUGGCCGCCCACGAACCGGCCAUCCAGGGCGUUCUGGACACCGGGAAGAAACUCUCGGACGACAACACCAUUGGCAAAGAGGAGAUCCAGCAAAGACUGGCUCACUUUGUGGAUCACUGGCAGGAACUCAAGAGGCUGGCGGCCGCCCGGGGCCAGCGUCUGGAGGAAUCCCUUGAAUACCAGCAAUUUGUGGCCAACGUGGAGGAAGAGGAAGCCUGGAUCAACGAGAAGAUGACCCUGGUGGCCAGCGAGGAUUACGGAGACACCCUGGCGGCCAUCCAGGGCCUGCUGAAGAAACACGAAGCCUUUGAGACCGACUUUGCCGUCCACAAGGAGCGGGUCAACGACGUCUGCGCCAACGGGCAGGAACUGAUCCAGAAGAACAACCACCACGAGGAGAACAUCACCGCCAAGAUGGCCGGCCUGCGGGCCAAAGUGGCCGACCUGGAGAGGGCGGCGUCCCAGCGCAAGGCCAAACUGGACGAAAACUCCGCCUUCCUCCAGUUCAACUGGAAGGCCGACGUGGUGGAGUCCUGGAUCGGGGAGAAAGAGAACAGCCUCAAGACGGACGAUUACGGCCGGGAUUUGUCUUCUGUCCAGACUCUGCUGACCAAACAGGAAACCUUUGACGCCGGCCUGCAGGCCUUCCAGCAGGAAGGGAUCUCCAACAUCGCCGCCCUGAAGGACCAGCUAUUGGCCGCCCGCCACGUCCAAUCGAAAGCCAUCGAGGCCAGACACGCCUCCCUGACGAAGCGCUGGAACCAAUUGCUGGCCGGAUCGGCCGCCCGGAAGAAGAAGCUUCUGGAAGCCCAGGAGCACUUCCGGAAGGUGGAAGAUCUCUUCCUCACCUUUGCCAAGAAGGCCUCCGCCUUCAACAGCUGGUUCGAGAACGCCGAGGAGGAUCUGACGGAUCCCGUGCGCUGCAACUCGCUGGAGGAGAUCCGGGCGCUGAGGGAGGCGCACGACGCCUUCCGGGCUUCCCUAAGCUCCGCCCAGGCCGACUUCAACCAAUUGGCCGAGCUGGAGCGCCAGAUCCGGAGCUUCCGGGUCGCCUCCAACCCCUACACCUGGUUCACCAUGGAGGCGCUGGAGGAGACCUGGCGGAACCUGCAGAAGAUCAUCAAGGAGCGGGAGCUGGAACUGCAGAAGGAGCAGCGGCGCCAGGAGGAGAACGACAAGCUGCGCCAGGAGUUUGCCCAGCACGCCAACGCCUUCCACCAGUGGAUCCAGGAAACCAGGACCUACCUACUCGACGGCAUUGCGUACCGGCGAGUAAUUCGCGUCUUUCAGUACCAAGUCGGGGAAGAUCUUUCCGGAAGGUCUUGCAUGGUUGAGGAAUCCGGAACUCUGGAGUCGCAGCUGGAAGCCACCAAGCGCAAGCACCAGGAGAUCCGCGCCAUGCGCAGCCAGCUGAAGAAGAUCGAGGAUCUGGGAGCCGCCAUGGAGGAGGCCCUGAUCCUGGACAACAAGUACACCGAACACAGCACCGUCGGCUUGGCCCAGCAGUGGGAUCAACUGGAUCAACUGGGGAUGCGCAUGCAGCACAACCUGGAGCAGCAGAUCCAGGCCAGGAACACGACAGGGGUCACCGAAGAAGCGCUGAAGGAGUUCAGCAUGAUGUUCAAGCACUUCGACAAGGACAAAUCCGGCCGCCUGAAUCACCAGGAGUUUAAAUCCUGCCUUCGAUCCCUCGGCUACGACUUGCCGAUGGUGGAGGAAGGAGAGCCGGAUCCUGAGUUUGAAUCCAUUCUGGACACGGUGGAUCCCAACAGGGAUGGCCACGUCUCCCUGCAGGAAUACAUGGCCUUCAUGAUCAGCCGGGAGACGGAGAACGUCAAGUCGAGUGAGGAAAUUGAGAGCGCGUUCCGGGCGCUGAGCUCCGAGGGGAAACCUUAUGUGACCAAGGAGGAGUUGUACCAGAACCUGACCCGCGAACAGGCCGACUACUGCCUCUCCCACAUGAAGCCGUACCUCGACUCCAAGGGCCGAGAGCUGCCCUCCGCCUUCGACUACGUCGAGUUCACCCGCUCCCUCUUCGUCAACUGAGCCCCACGGCGCCGUGGGGCCGACCCCCAACCCGCCCCCUUCCUGGCGCUGCAACUCCCGCGCUGG